AUUGAAGACAACGCGAUGCUGUUUUACCACGUCGAUAAUAUAAAAUGGAAGUCGCCCGACCUCUUCUCAUCUGUAAACGCAGCCACCACCGCCGCCGCCGCCAGCGCACAUCUCCGACCUUCUCCCUCGCGGGGGGAAGAGAGAGAGGAGGAGGCGGCGGAUCCGACGCCGAUCUUUGGCGAUCUUUCCCCCAUGGGGCUCCUCAAGAUGCGUUCGUGGUCGCCGGACUCCGACCGCGAGGAAGCGUGGCUUCGCCGCCAGGCGAUCCACCGCAGCCGCAGGGGCCGCCUGCGGAGCGUCACCGACGAGGACCUCGACGAGCUGCGCGGAUGCAUCGACCUGGGCUUCGGCUUCGACUGUGUCUCCGCCGCUGACCCCGCCCCGGCAAGGAAGCUCUCGGAGACGCUCCCGGCGCUCGACCUCUACUACGCCGUCCUCCGCGGCUCCUCCUCCGCCGCGGCCUCUCCGGCAUCCGCCUACACGGAAUCGUCCUCCGCCUCGCCAGACGUCGACGGCAGCGUCCCCGUGCCCUUCUCCUUAUUCUCCCCAGGUGAGACGGCAGAGGAGAGGAAAGGGAGGCUGAAGCAGUGGGCCCAAGUGGUUGCUUGCACCGUGCGCCAGCGUCGCUGAACUCAAGUGAAGUCACAUUGAUCAUAUAAUUCAAAUGAUGAAACCUUAUGAAAUUUUGAUGUUAUGAUUAUAACAGAAUGAUCCUUCUUCCUCUACCUUUCAUUUGAUGAGUGCUAAAACGUACUUAAUGAUUAGUGGAAACAAUUUUCUUUUAUUGUUUAA